GUGAUGAUGUCGAGAUAUUCUUGGGUGUUUCUGCCAAUUAAUAAAGGCCAAAAUCAUUGGAUCUUGUGAGCAGCAAAGAUUCCUGAGCUGUCAGUGUCUAUUUUAGAUUCAAUGAAUGGACAAAAUCAUAUUUUCAUUGAAAAUUGGAGAAAAUAUGUGGAAAAAAGAGGCAAGGAGGUUGGUAAAUUGAGUGGUCCUUGGAAGAAUGGAAACUUAAUUUCUGGUCAUCAAAAAGAUGGCCAUAGCUGUGGGCCAUUUGUCUUAAUGAAUGCACUAGCAUUGUCGAAAGGUAUCAUGCCAUCCUACCUUUCGCAAAAAUGUGCAUUGAUGAUGAGACAGUAUGUUACUUCAAAGAUUGUGAGAUCAGCAAAGGAGCCUAAAUCUCAAAGAACAAUGUGUGACAUGCUCGAGUGCAACAGACCAAGUAAAGACUCUUGGGUGCAGUGUAAAGUAUGUGGCAAAUGGCUACAUUUCACUUGCGUCAAUCUGAAAAGUGCAUCGGACAGUGAAUAUCUUUGCAUCAUUUGUGAUGCACAGUACCAAUAA